UUAAAUUAGAUUCGAAUCACGAUGUCAAAUUGGGACUUUGGAUAUUUUUUUGGUGAAAUUUCGAAUGAGUCAUAUGUCUCCGAUAGCGUUUGGUUACCCGGCGUUGAUCGAGGUGAGGAGGAGGUGGUUUCCGUGCGUCCGCAACACGCCGGAACUUACCAUUCGCAUCAGGAAGGGAGUGUGCGGUCCGUGGUGCCUGAUUUGAACCAGGUCGUAGAGGAGGCGGGACCAUCUUACGUGGCUCAAAGCUAUCCGCAACAGGAAAAACAUGCAUACGGUACUUACCAUUCCCAUCAGGAAAAACAACGCAAGAAAAAGUCCGAGGAAGGUGCUUUUGACAUCGAGGAAGACGAGAACGAAAUCGAGAAAGGUGUUACACACUUCGAGGAAAGUGAUCAAGACGAGGAAGAUGGUGGUGGCUGGGACGAUGGUGAUGGCUGGGACGAUGGUGGUGGCGGGGACGAUGGUGGUGAAAAGGACGAUGGUGCUAAUGACCCGAAAAAACAAGGAAAGGUAUUUGCGACACUUCACGAGUUAAAGAAUUGGGCUUACAAAACAGAAAUUACGAAAGGUUACGUCAUUGUGACCCAACGAACGGUAACAAAGGGUGAAGAUUCGUCAGCAAGGACAGUGAAGAUAUGGUUGCAAUGCGACCGUGGAGGCACAUGCAAAAGUAAAGCAACAGUUCGGCGUUCUGGUAGCAAGAAGAUUGGGUGUCCUUUUAAAAUGAUAGGGAAACUAGACGCAAGUAGUGGCAAUUGGAGCUUAGCGGUGAAGCAAAAGGAUCAUAACCAUGAGCCUGCGGUAUUUCUCGAGGGUCACGCGUUUGCAAGAAGGUUGACCCCAGACGAAGAAUUAUUGGUAGAGAGACUUUAUAUUCAAAACAUGGAGCCUACGAACAUACAUUUAACCAUAAGAAAACAAAACCCACAGAGCGUGUGCAUUCUACGAGACAUACAAAACGUGAUAAAAAAGAUUAAAGUCAAAAUGUACGGUGAUCGGACUCCAAUGCAGAUAUUGGAGCAAAUGUUGCAUGAAGGAAGGUAUGUUUACCACACCCGGGUGAAUCCCGAAACAAAUGCGGUCGAGGAGGUUUUUUUUGUUCAUCGGUACUCGUACGAUAUGUGGCGUGCUUUCCCACAUGUGUUGAUGAUUGAUACCACUUACAAAACUAAUGAGUAUAGACUUCCGUUUGUUCAAAUUGUGGGUGUGACAUCGACACACAAGUCGUUUUGUGUCGCUCAUGCUUUUAUCUCUAAAGAAAAACAGGAUAACUUCUUGUGGGUCCUACAGAACCUCAAAGGAUUGUUGGAAGAGGGUAUGGAACCGCGCGUGAUAGUAACAGAUUGCGAUAAAGCUUUGAUGAAUGCUUGCGAUAAACUAUUCCCAAAAGCAUCCAAAUUGCUAUGUCGGUGGCACAUCUCACAAAAUAUUCUAAAACACACCAAGGCAAAAUUUGCAACGGCUGAAGAAUGGAAAAUAUUCAAGCUUUCUUGGUCUCGAUUGUGUAAUUCUCCCACUAAGACGCUAUACAAUUAUAACUUUGAGCGGCUAUUUACGCGACUGACUGACGACCAUAGAUCAGGGGUUUUGGACUAUUUGUAUACUGUCUGGCUACUACCCUAUAAAGAAAAGUUUGUUUCAGCCUGGACUAACACAAGCCCUAACUUUGGUCAACAUACAACCAACAGAGUUGAAAGCCAACAUGCUAAGUUUAAGAGAUACCUUAAGGGGCCAAACAGCUCGCUCCAUAGACUUGUGUGGCUUGUUGACAAAGUUGUAGAGUCACAACGCAUACAAAUAAACCUCACUUUUCAGGAUAGCCGGUCCUUGAAAAUGGGGGACCACAUGAUAUCAUUCUUUGAUAACCUACGUGGUAAUGUUUCCCUGAAAGCACUAGAUUUGUUGCUUGUGGAGAAGAAAAAGAUACGUACGUUGGUCGCAGCAGGGGGGACUUGUGGUCAUGUGCUUUUUACGAGUUGUGGGUUGCCAUGUGCUUGUCGGAUGGAGUGGUGGGAAAAUACAAAUUGCAAAAUUCCUCUUGCCGCCGUAGACAAAUUCUGGACAAAACUAGAUUUCAAUGCUGAAGAACUUAAGGAAGACGAUAAUAAUCUUCGGGAGGAAAUGGACAGAGUCAUGCAACAACUGAAGGCGCAACCACCGAUAGUGUUAAAAAGUAUGUUGUCGAAGAUAAAGGAGGUGGUGAAUCCAAGUAUGACUGACCAUCAACCGCCUGAGGUACAACAAGAUACUCGGGGACGCCCAACCUCUAAAGCACAACAAAAAAAGAAGGAGGAGGUUGCGAGACGUAAAGAUACCCGGUCCGAAGCAAAAGGCAAAAGCCAAAAGAAGGACGAGGACGCUCAAAAGCCAGCAGUGCAACGCAGUCGUUCAAAGAAAAAUAAGGCUAAAAAGACAGCUGAAAUUAUAGAUGAAGAUUUUCCACUGUUGGUGGGGGAUAGGUACAAAAACAUGAUCGAUCAUUUUAAGGACUGGCUUCCAUCUAUGUAUCGAAGAUACAUAACACAUAUGGAAGAUGCCCAGCCUGACUGUAACUGUGGGUUUCGAUCGGUGGCGUUGGGUUUGGGGUUGGACCAGAAUGCUUGGAUGUGGGUCCGCCAAGAGCUACUGGAUGAGAUGUUCAUUAACAAAGCCCGGUGGAUGCCUCUUCUUGACUCUUUUGAUCCGGGAUUUUACACUACAGUAUAUCGAUCAAUAAACUGGUUGCACGUGGAACCUGCACCAAUGGCAUGCUGGAUGUUCUUGCCAUACACCGGAUUGUUGGUGGCUCAAAAAUUUGGUGUGGUUGUUCAACAUUUAAGCAAUGGUGUUUGUCAAACAUACUUUCCCAUGUUUGAUGGUCCGGCGGAGGGCCAUUCUGUUCUUUCGAUUGCCUAUGUGGAAGAUGGCCAUUUCAUCAUGGUUAAGUUAACGGAUGAUGGUCCGAUGCCUCCACCGAAUGGAUUAUGGAAUAUGUAUCGAAGUACUGAAGCUAUGGAGUGGGAGACAAUGUACAUGUCUCGUCUUUCAGAGGAUAUGUCGUCAGAUGAGGAACAACACGCACCAAAUGGUGGUCCGGUAUUCAAUCCGAUGGCCGGGGGUAAUUGUGAGUAG